AUGGCACUUGGAAAGAAGUAUGCUGGUCUACCGGACCUUGAUGUUGCUCCGGAGAUAUAUGAGACCCCUGCUCUGACCGACGAUGCCUCGACGACACAAACCGACACCCUCCGCACCGACUCCCCCACCCCAUCAGACGACAACGGCGGCGAUGAGCGCCUCAUACGUGAGCGCAUAAAUACCAAUUCUGCUAGACAACGCUUUGAACCAACAGUAGUCAGCGCGAAAGACGUUGAUUUCUCUGGUACCAUUGCUGCAGGAGGAAGGAGAAGUUACAGAACCAAAAGCAGACGGAGACGACGGCGAGACUACGAUGAUGGCAGUGGCAGCGAGAGUGAGGAAGAGACUGUCAGUACGAGGAUAGCCAGAUUGAAGAGGGAAGCGGAAGAGGUGAGGCUCGAGUUGGCCAAGAAAGACGAUGGUGAAUUUAAGGACAGUGUGGAGCGACAGCAAGGUGGAGAGACCGAAGAGGAAGGGUUGGAAGUGCUCAACAAGAUGUUGCAGGGGAUAGAAGUACCAUCAGGUCCGACUGUCAACCGCAAAAGCGAAGACGAUUUCUUGCAAUCCAUCUCGACAAGCCAGACGGCCAAGCCAGACGCCCCGAAACUUGAUGCAAAACAGUCCACCUCAUCACAAAGCUCCGCCCUGCCGGCCCUGGCCGCCUUUGCUGAUCGCCUUACCACCCUUGAGUCCGCCCUUGGACUUCCCUCCGUGUCGUCGCCCUCUCAGUCCGUCCUUCCAACGCUCAACACGCUCUCCGCGCAGCUCUCCACGCUCUCCACAACUCUUGCGCCGUCUGGCCGCUUCUCGCAGACCUCAUCUGGUGUCCCAGCUGCGGCAUCAAGUCUUGAUGCUCUGCAGACCCGCAUUCGCGCCCUCACCAUCGAGGCCGAUAAGCUGACCGCUUCCCGCAAGGCAGCUCUGAGUUCACUCUCUGAUCUGCACGAGGCCCGACUCCGUUUCAACCAAACUCGACAGACGCGUGACCGCCCCGCUUCUGGCGUCGGCGCCAACCCAGCCGCCAUCGAAAAGACCGAAGCGGGCGUGCAUUCUGAUCUGUUCCUGUCAGAGCAGUCAUCUAAGAUCACAGCGCUCUACCAGGUAUUGCCAAGCAUUACGGAGCUGCAGCCCUUGUUGCCGAUAGUGCUGGAGAGGUUGAGAAGCUUGAGUAUCGUUCACGCCGGGGCGGCGGAAGCGAGAGGUGAACUGGACGAUGUGGUGAGGCGACAGAGCGAGAUGAAGGCCGAGGUGAAGCGAUGGCGCGAAGCGGUGGAGGCAACAGAAAAGAAAAUGGAAGAGAUGAGAGGAGAGAUGAAGGAAAAUGUCGAGGUCGUCGGGGGCCUCGUUAAGGGGGUGGAAGAGAGGGUCAAGGGAUUGCAGAAGUAG